AUGGCCUUUCCCGUGGAUACAUACCCUUUGUUUGCGCGCGAUCAUUCAGCGCUGGUCGUAGGCGCUACUCUGGGGCUGUUACUCUUUCAGGUCGUACACUAUGUGAUGAGUCCAUGGCGCAAGCUACCUCCUGGACCACGCGGCCUACCCAUCAUCGGCAACACGCUUCAGCUUGCAGGGAAGAAAUGGCUUACUUUUAGCAGCUGGCGCAAGGACUAUGGUGAUAUCAUCUACCUGAACGCCGCUGGUCGACAUAUGAUUGUACUCAACAAUCACCGGACCGCAACUGAGUUACUCGACCGUCGCGCCGCCAUAUACUCAGGUCGGCCGCCUGCAUAUGUGGCCAAUGACAUUCUAUGCAGCGGGCUGUUGCUUCCGUUGAUCCAUUAUAAUGAGACAUGGCGCCGAAUGCGGAAAGGAGCACACGAGGCACUUAACAAGGUCGUAGCUCACGGUCUACAGGAGUACCAGACGGAAGAGGCGCUCGUUCUUGCUCGGAACGGUCUACAAAACCCGGCGAUGUGGGACAAACAUCUGCGGUGCGCGUCUGCAAGCAUGAUGCUGUGUUCUGUGUAUGCAGAGCCACCGGUGACUAGCGAACUUGACAUUCGUGUCAGUCACAUCAACGCAUUCGCCGACCGUGUUACUCAUGCGUGUAGCCCGGGUGCCUAUUGGGUGGACCUAUUGCCAUGGAUGCGAUAUAUCCCCCGUUCACUAGCACCCUGGAAACGGAUCGCCCAAGAACAUAGUAAGAAGGAUGGCAAGAUAUUGCGCACAUUGUAUGAUCGAGUGCAAAUCGCUGUGGACGAAAAGAGCGAAAGAACUUCAAUCUGCGCGACACUUGCUCACGAUAUGGACAGAUAUGGAUUGAGUGUUCAUGAAAACACAUGGCUUGCUGCCUCCCUAUACGAAGCUGGGGCUGAUACCACUCGUGCCGUGCUCAGCUGGUGGACGUUGACCAUGCUCGCGUACCCGCACACCCAAAGGAAAGCUCAAGACGAGCUCGACGCUAUCAUCGGUCGUUCCCGAGUGCCUACUUUUGCGGACCUGCCAAACCUCCCGUAUGUCUGCGCCAUCGUCAAAGAGAUCAUGCGCUGGAGGCCGGUAACUCCCUAUGCAGUUCCUCAUGCCAGUACUGAAGACGAUUACUACGAGGGUCUCUUCAUUCCGAAGGGAUCCAUCGUUCUGGCGAAUGUGUGGGAGCUGAAUCAUGACCCAGAGAUAUACGGCGGUGAUGCGGAUAAGUUCAACCCGACCCGCUACAUUGAUGAGAUGAGCGGCCGUGUACGCAACCCUCCAGGUACAAGAGAGGACGGAUACUUCACCUUCGGUUUUGGCAGGCGCAUCUGCGUCGGCAAGCACAUUGCAACAAACUCCCUGUUCAUUGAUAUAGCCACAUGUCUGUGGGCAUUCUCCUUGGUGAAUGUUGAUGGUCAGGAGUUGGAUCUCGACGACUGCAUCGACGAAGGCAUCGUUGUCAUUCCCAAGCCCUACAAGGUUGACAUACAGCCACGCUUCCCAGAAGCGCUUGGCAUACUAUCGCAGGAAUGUGAGCUUCAUGGCCGUUGA